UAAUGGCGUCGUCCUGUGGCGUAUUUGAGGACAAGGGCAAAUUCGGCUGUCACUGUCAACGCUGUUUUCACAUGUGAGAGUCAAACAUGGCGAGGUUUUUGAGGCCUAACAUCAGGAGUUUUGUCACCUCACAGCUGAGAAUGUCAUCAGACCAGCUGGGUGAGCUGGGUAAAGGUGCCGGAAAAGGCGGUGGCGGUGGAGGGUCCAUCAGAGAGGCAGGUGGAGCCAUGGGGAAGAAGCAGGCUGCCGAGGAGGAGAUGUACUUCAAGCGUAAAGAGCAGGAGCAGCUGGCUGCAUUGAAGCAGCAUCACCAGGAGGAAAUUGACCACCACAAAAAGGAGAUCGAACGUCUGCAGCGUGAGAUUGACCGCCACAAGGGAAAGAUCAGGAAGCUGAAGCAUGAUGACUGAAAAAAAAAGUUCCGGUUUUCUCACCGAUCCAGCCAGACACCUUUACUCAGAUUUCUGCAUGCACUGUGUCACUGGGCCAGACAUGGAUGUGUGGGUGAUUGUUCUGUAAAUGCUUGAAAGUUAUUAAAACCAGUUUUAAAAUUAGCAUUGAUUCCAUGGCAUGCUGUGGCACAAGUUGUACAACUUUUUUUCUGUGUGCUGUAUGUUGCAGGCAAAAGGCCAAUCUUUAAUCCCUCAUAUGGAAACAUCAACUUAUCAUCUUGUGUGAUGUGUAAAUAAAUUUGUAAUGCAAAUGUCA